AUGGAUUACAAAACUAUAAAUUAUGAAUAAGGUAAAAUUGAAUAUGGAAGUGAAGAAAUUUAUUUGUCAAUAAUCUCUAAGUUUAUAAAUAUGACAUUUAAAAAACAGAUACAAGAGUUGUAUUUAGCAAUAUAGUUGUUAGAUUAAAAAAGAAUGGAAAAGGCUUGUUUUGUUUUGAAAGGUAGUGUAGGGUAAAUAUUUUUAAUUAAAAUAGGAAGAUAGAUCUUAGCAUUUAAUUAUCUUUAAAAAACUAAUGCAUUAUAUGAGAUAGUAAAAAAACAAGAGCCAUAUAAUGAAAGAGAGAUUAUCAAUUUGUAUCAUAGAUAUUUUGACUUGAUAGAUGAAAGUGUAUUACUUGCUGUUGAACUAUCUACAGCAGCUAAACUAUUCAUAAAUAUUUCAGAAAUCAAAUCAUAUAGUAAAAAGAAUUAUUAAUGUAAAGGAGAUUCCAUUUGGCCUAAAUAUAUAGAGUUCAUUAGAAAAUACAUAUAGGAUAGCCUUAAGCCUUAGAAUAAUUCAUAAAAUUGUAAAUAAUGCAAAGAAUGUAUAAUUUUUUGA